GAGAACACGAAAAUUCUUCAGCAGUUGCUUCCGCUAAGGGCAAAAGUAGCAGAGCUUCUUGGUUAUAGUACACAUGCCAACUUUGUCCUGGAGGUAAACACUGCAAAGAGCACGGAUAACGUAACAGCCUUCUUAGAUGAUUUGAGUAAGAAGCUAAAGCCAUUGGUUGAGGAAGAAAGGGAACUGAUUCUAGCUUUGAAGAAAAAGGAGUGUAAGGAAAGAAACUUUGAUUAUGAUGGAAGAAUCAAUGCAUGGGAUCUUCAUUAUUAUAUGAACAAAACAGAAGAGCUGAAGUACUCCAUAGAUCAAGAAAAGCUGCAGGAAUACUUCCCAAUUGAGGCUGUUACAGAAGGCUUACUGAAUAUUUACCAGAAGGUGCUGGGACUUGCAUUUGAGCAAGUAGAAAGUGCUCAUGUUUGGCAUGACAGCGUUACUCUUUAUACAGUAAAGGAUAAUUCAACAGGAGAAAUGUUAGGGCAGUUCUAUUUGGACCUGUACCCCAGAGAGGGAAAGUACGGACACGCAGCAUGUUUCGGUCUCCAGCCCGGCUGUCUUCUCUCUGAUGGCAGCAGAAUGAUGUCUGUAGCUGCUCUGGUAACCAACUUCACAAAACCAGCAUCAGGUCACCCGUCAUUGCUGCGACAUGAUGAAGUAAAGACUUACUUCCAUGAAUUUGGUCAUGUAAUGCAUCAGAUAUGUGCACAGACCGAUUUUGCUAGGUUUAGUGGAACUAAUGUGGAAACAGACUUUGUAGAGGUGCCUUCACAAAUGUUUGAAAACUGGGUGUGGGAAAAAGGACCACUACAGCAAAUGUCAAGACAUUAUAAAGAUGAGAGCCAUGUUGCAGACACUCUUCUCGAGAAACUUGCUGCCUCUAGACUGGCUAAUACAGGCCUUUUAACCCUCCGUCAGAUUGUUUUGAGUAAAGUUGACCAGGCACUGCAUACAAAGCCAUCUCUUGACCCAGCAGAUGAAUAUGCCAAAUACUGUAUGGAGAUUCUAGGAAUUCCUGCCACCCCAGGAACAAACAUGCCAGCUACUUUUGGACAUCUGGCAAGUGGUUAUGAUGGUCAGUAUUACGGAUACCUGUGGAGUGAAGUGUUUUCCAUGGACAUUUUUUAUAGCUGCUUUAAGCAAGAAGGAAUAAUGAAUCCAAAGGCUGGGAUGAAAUACAGAAACCUCAUUUUGAAACCUGGAGGAUCUUUGGAUGGGAUGGAUAUGCUACAAAAUUUCUUGGAGCGUAAACCAAGCCAGAGAGCUUUCCUGUUGAGUAAGGGGUUAUGUGUUCAGUAAAAUUAUAGUUCUUUUGUAAUGGCAUGUAAGUAUGGAAUGAGCUGGAAACGUCAGUGUAUUUCACUCUUAGCUGUGUAUCACUCUAGGGAAAUUGGGUCACUUUUUGGUGAUUUUUUCAAUUGUAUAAAUAAAAAUGUGAUUUUUAAAAAAAUGUAUAGGGCUACAAAAUUCGACACAUCAGGGA